AUGCUUCGUCCUCGAGGCUCCAUGCCUCCAGUACCGGGGACCAUCCGGUCCAUACGGCCUCCCUUCACCCGGACCCCACGGGCAUACCAGCUUCAACCGUUCACCAACAUAUCCCGACAUCUGCUCCUCUCGAAUCCCCCGGGCCGCCCGCAACUCCCCUUCCUCUCCCCAGUAUCAGGGAGUCGUCCCGUGCCGCCGUUAUCCAUUAAUAUUCGGCAGCAUUUUGCUCGUCUUAUUUCCACUGAGCGACGCGACUACUACAAACGUCGUUUAACUCGUGGCGUCGGAUUAGGCUUGCUAUUUUCUGCAGUUCUCUUCAUACUCCAAAUGUUCAGAUUGGGCUAUUAUCAGGAUAAGAUCGAGCAUAAAUGGCCCACCCCUCCAGAAUGGACCUUCAUAAGCCGUUGGUGCUUGCGGUCGGCGCAGGCUCUCCAACAUCCAGAGGCGAUUGGAAAUCUGACGACCAAUUGGCCCAGAGUCAUCUCAUACCUACAGGAAUUGAUUGGGCGACUGGAAAAUAUAGACGGCGAAGGAAAGGGGAUUGUAGAGACGCUAGGUGAGGAGUCUGCCAUUGAAGGCGUUGGCAAAAUGGGAUUGGACAUCUCUGGAAAGAGCGAGCCAUGGCGAAGAGGCUAUUUCCAAGCUCUCAUGGGCCUUGCGAAGGCCGCAGAGAACCUCGAUGGCUGGUUGACGGAUACAAAGCAGAACAUUUCUGCUCCGGCGCAAUAUGUCGUUGGCCCGUCCAACCGGAGACCUAAGCCCAUGCCCGCCGGACAGGAGAGAGUGCCUAAAGAGGAGGACUGCGUACCGGCAUCGCCAAGCCCCGAGCUCUUCUAUGUGAAGAUCCUGACAACGGAGGGCUUUAGUGAACGGCAGAAGGUUGACGCAGCUCUUGCAUAUGCUGAUUGGCUUGACUAUAAGGGCCUACGCAAAACUGCUGGCAAUGUGUAUCGACGGGCUAUUAAUAUCGCUGCUUCUGGCCUCCCCUGUGAUGUUGAAAAGGUCAUUGACCUGAAGACAGGUAUCCUGAAGAAUAACGGCAAAGAUAUGGCAUCUGAGAACAUUAUUCGAGUGUCGACUGCACUUGGCGUGCGUCAUGCUCGUCAAGGCGAGCUCCCGAUGGCGCUAUCUAUCCUCACAUCCGUUCUAAAGGCGCGUCGUAGUCUCCCUCCAUCCGAUACAAUCACUACUAAAUUGCCCUCACCCUCAACAUCUACCAGUGACCCUUUCUCGUCGAUCAUCGACGCCCUUAAAAUUAUGUUCGUGCCAGUUGAAUAUCCUCCCCCACCACCUUCCGGAAACGAAUCACCCUUGCGCACACACAGCUCUAUCUGCGACGAGGCUGGCCUCAUGACCUAUAUUGGAGAGAUAAUCUACUCAACUUCUUCUAAAGAAAACGGACUCGCAUGGACCCGUGAUGCCGUCGACAUGGCGGAAGAGAUCGUUCUCGAGGUACAGCAUAACGACCAUGAGAUGCACGAGAAAUGUGCCGAGUGCCUUAAAGUAGCUCUAAAGAACUGGAGGACAAUGAUAUCGAUAUUACUUCGCAAGGCUGAAACGGAGGAGUCGAAGGCCGCAGAGAAUGCGAAAUCAUCCUGGUUACCGUUCUCUGCCAACAGGCAAGUUCGGGCUAAAUCCCUUGAGAAGAAGAGAUGGGAGGCCGAGAAGUUGAUUGUGGACGAUCGUGCUAGACGUAUCUGGCCUGUUAUUGAGGGCGAGUCGGAGCUUGGUAUAUUUGCUCCGGGAAGUUCGUUGUUUGUUCUGUAA